AGAUGUAAAUAUGGCGGGCGAUGAAAGAAAACCCAUUCAUAUUUCUAUAGAAAAUUUUGAUGAUGGUGUCCCACAAAUAUCUGGAGAACCUUUAACGACAUAUACUAUCAUUGAGACUGCUGGUCAAUCAACUGACAACAAUGAAUUCAAUAUAAGUGCAGACAUCUUUCAGGCAGAGAAUGUACAGUUUUUAGAGGUACCAGCUGAUCAAUUAGCCAACUUAGGGCUGCUGGCAACGAUAUCAUCUGACCAGCCUAGAGAUGAAGCUGGUCAGUUUAUAGAAAUGACAACAGUUGAUGAACUGCAGAACCUCAGUGUAGUGACAGAACCAGGACCCUCCAGUUAUCAGUUUGUGCAGGCCAAUGAUGGCCAAGAAACCAAUUUCAGUAUGCCAGGAAUAGAACCAACAUUACAAUACCUGACAGGAAAGAUCAGUUUUGCUGAGUUCAGUGAACUGAUGGAAUCUGGUGAUCAAGAUGUUCCUGUUGACCUAGAUAAUGUCAUACAGACAAUCCAUGUGACAGAUGUUGUCAUGCCAAAACAGGAAACACAGGAGGAAAAACCAGUAGAGAGCACCAGUCAAUCAGAGGACACUGAUGAAAAGUCUCCAAAAAAGAAAACUCGUAAAAAGAAAAAGAAAUAUAGUGAUUUACCAGCACAUCUGGAAGGGCUCAUGGGAGAAGCUAACCUGACCUACGCAAAAGGAGAUCACGAGAAAGCCAUUUCAAUUUGUCUGGACAUCAUAAGGAUGGCUCCAGAGGCACACCUGCCUUUUCAGACACUAGGCAUGAUUUACGAAGAUCAAGGGGAUCUCAAGAAAUCUCUGCAGUAUAGUUUAAUAGCAGCGUACUUGAACCCAGUGGACCGUGACAGCUGGAUAAGGUUGGCUGAGUUGAGUUUGGAACUGGAGGAUAAAUCGCAGGCUGUCAUUUGUUAUAGUAAAGCAAUACGAGCUGAUCCCCAGGAUCCCACUAACAUUGACAUAUACUGGAGUAGAAGUCAGUUAUAUGAGGAGUUAGGGGAAAAGAAGAAGGCCUUAGAGGGUUACAAAGCCAUGAUGAAAAUUGCUCCCCCUAAUGAUGGGGAUCGGUACAUGGAAAUUGCUAGAACAAUUACAAAGCAUUAUUAUGAGGAUGAUGAUAAAGUGUCAGCAAUGGAAACCAUGAAGAAUGCAUUUGAAGCCAACUCAGAAAGUGUUGCAGCAGAGGAUGUGAAUUUAUUUAUGGAGCUCUUGAUUGCACACAAGAUGUUUCUUCAAGCAAUAGAGGUGCUGGUGAACCACUGUGGUGUUGUGUUUGAUUUAAACAUUGAUAGAGAAUGGAGCAGGGAGGUUGCUCUUAAUGUCUCACUAAUAGAAAAUGGUGCUGUCCAAAUUGCCUCAGUAAGUAUACCAGAACUACUUCCCAUUGACCUGAGGGUUAAACUUGGAAUAUGUCUGAUACAGAACAAACUGGAUACAUUGGCACAGGUUGUUGUCACUCCAUUGUUUGAAGAGGAAGUGGAGGACGUAGGAGAUCUAUAUUUAGACGUCGCAGAAGCCUACAUUGACCAGGGCUAUUACGCAGAAGCAAAACCCAUUCUACAGAGAUUGGUCUGCUCAGAAAAUUAUAAUCUGGCUGCUGUGUGGUUGCGACUUGCAGAGUGUUUAAACUCCCUUGGUGAUUUAGAGAGGGCAGAGGAGGCCUACAGUAAAGUUGUUGAGAUGGCUCCUUCCCACAUCGGGGCCAGGAUGUCUCUGUCUACGCUACAGCAACAUCUAGGGAAACAUGAGGAGGCAUUAAGAGCGCUGCACAGGGAUGAAUCGGAUGCUUUAUUAACCAAACAGGAGAAAUCUCUGCUGAUGCACAAGUGUAUGCUAUUGCAUGCACAGGGAAAGUUUGAUGAAUUUCAUCAUACUUGUAAAUUACUGCUGUUUAACAUGUUCAAGGAUCUGAACGACCCAGAUUUCAUCAAAGCUGUGUAUUGUUGCAGAUCUAAUAAAACCAGGAUAGAGACUCUUAACGAUCAUUUCAAAUCAGGAUUUAAAGAAAGCAUGAAGUCAGAUAUACCUGUUGAUGAUUUAUGGGACUUGUUUGUAAAGUUGUGUGAGAUGUUGUUUAACAAUAAGAAGUAUGAGGACCUUCUAGAAGUAACCACCCUUGGAAUGUCCUGUCCUUACUUUCUGUUUGAACCCAGGAAACUCAAGCAAGCAGAGUUCAUGUGUUUACUGGCAUGUAUACUUACCAGAAAUGAACACUUUGCCUUCAGUCAUAUGAGGGAAAUUUGUAUUAAGGAAGGGAACAAGAAUCAAGUGUGGAAUUUACUUAACCAGGUUUUACUGAUAUCAACAGAGAACAGACAUAAUCGCUUUUGUCUCCGAUAUCUUUUAAGUAAUCCAGAUCAUAUUCCAGUUGAAUUAUUAAAUGGCCAUAAUGCAGCAAUAUCAGGAACCUACAAAUAUGCUCUUGGAGAGUAUGUGGCUGUACUGAGGAACUGUCCUGAAGACCCCCUUGUGAACCUCCUUAUAGGCCUCACAUUCAUCCACCUGGCAGGCCAAAAAUUCUCUUCUAAAAAGCAUUCCCUGUUUACUCAGGGUCUUUCCUUUCUUAACAACUACAAAGAGCUGAGGGGAGAGUGCCAGGAGACUUAUUAUAACAUCGGGAGAGCCCUACAUCAGCUGGGACUGACCUAUGCUGCUGUCCAUUACUACAAAAAAGGUCUUACAUUUCCCCCAAUGGUGGAGGAUGAGGAGAAUCGGUUUGACCUGACCCGACAGCUAGCUUAUAACCUGGUUUUGAUCUACAAAACAAGUGGGUCUGAGGCUCUGGCCAGACAAGUUAUGCACCAGUACCUAGUCAUCUGAGUGAAAAACGGUGGUAAUAUUGGAAACACAACAGCAGUUAAGAUAACUUUGGAACACAUCGUCACUUACAGAUUCUUCCAGCAGCGCUUCUACAAGCUAUGAAGUAGAAAUUGACCGAUAUGGAACUUGCAUAAAUGUUGAGAAAUGAAUUGCACAGAUCAGAUUAAAUUCUGAUUGGAUGAGCUGUGACCUUGACCUCACUGUGUGUGCAGGGUAAAUAUGAGAUUGACAGCAAAAGUGGAGAGAAACCGUAGACGUAUCGUUUGAGUGUUCACGAGUUGUAUCAAUUUUGUUAGAUUACCAUAGAAGUUUAAGCUGUAUAAGAUUUCUGAUCUCUUUUUAGGACACAGUCUGAAAAGUUAAGGGAUGGUGUUACUAAUUAAGUAAUCUCCCUUCCCCCUUCCUUAGAGAAUUGAAUAAUAAGAUUACAUUUUUAAGGAUUAAUAACAGAGUAAGAAAUACAUGUAAAUCGAGUUGCUUAGAAAAUAUUGAUAUAGCUUCUUGGAUGUCAUGACAUCAUUGUUUUCAAAUGCAACACAGACUGAAGAAUUAGGGUUGACCAAUAAAAUCUGCAAGAAUG